CUGAGGUAAACUGGUUGUAAUUAUGAGAGAAUAUUACAAAUCAGAGGCAUCCUCAUCCUCAUCAUAUUUGGUUGGUUGGCCCGAAUUCUUUAUUUCUUUUUCCUACCACCGGACCAAGACGACGACGACUCGCAGUACUCUUAUUAUUGAUAGAUUUCUCUCAUUUUAACGAGAUUGGAUGCCGACUCAUCGUCAAAUAAAAGCCAUCCAUCUAUCCAGAGGCAGCAGCAGAUGAGUUAUACGAGAGUGUUCCGUCAAAGUCAGCUCCAUACGUUGUGUGUUGCCUGCGCUUGUUGUGGAUAAAGUAAAGGAUCGUUGCUCGUGAGUCUGUACAUACACAUACUUCAUUACACAAUCCAUAACAGUCAGUCCAUUUCUUGGAGAAAAAAUCGGGAGCUACACGGCUAAUGACUAAUGGAAGUUACUGCUUAUUAUUUCUCUGAUAAUGAUUUAUUACGCUUAAUUUCGACGACUCUUCGUCUUUCAAUCCCCAUGCCACGUCUUCCUCCUUACUUAAUCACACCUGAGACAUUAGCAUGGGAAACUGGGCCCGCAAGCGAUUGGGAAGAAAUUGAAGGAGUUUCCGUCAUUAGGACUCUGUCCGUCUCGUCGAGAGCAUAUACCUCGUCAAGCGUUGCUUGGUGGUUCCUUCGUGGGGCACAAGUUUCGAAGGCAUCGGGGCCAAAAAAUGACAGCGAGUGUGACAGAGGUAUUCACUUCUGCUGCUUCUGGCCGUAUCAAGAGCAGUGGAAAUAAUUUUGAGGCUGCAUUGUAAUGUUUAUCUCGGAGUGAGAUGAGAUAUCGCCGAAAGUAAUUUAGCUCCUGCUCUCCUUCUCGACUCGUAUGCAUCACUGCGACUCUGAGCUGCUUUGAUUUCACGGGUUUGAUGGCACACAAGUUUAAAGGUUAUAAGUUUUAGGGUAUUAUGCUGAUGGAGAUGGAGGCAUAGGAGGAUGACUAUCAGUCGUCGUAUAUAUUUCUUGAAGUGAGUGUCUCUCACGUCCGAGGAAAUAAUAAGUGAAGAGUUGUCGACAAAGUAAAGCAAACAAGAAGUAAAUUUGGAAUGAGGAGGCAAAGCAUAAGAAAUGGAGAAGAAGCCCAACGGCCACAAGACUCAUGUCUCUCCUCAGAGAAGAUGAUCACCCUGUGCCGUCUCUGAUUCCUCCUUCUCAACCCAGUGCAUGUUAAGUGGAAAUAAGUCGCGGAAAUCAAAGAUUAGAAUUGAGAAUAUCAGGCAGAGAGCGAAGGAAGGAGUAAAUCAAGAGGAGAGAAAGUCCUUGGUCGGGUGACUUCUGAAGAAGAGAGAGAGAGAGAGGAGGAGGAGGGGAGUGGGUUGGUCGGGUUGGUUGGUGAGUUGGCUGUGUGAUCAUCAUCUCCUUCGGAAAAAGAGCCACAUGCAUAACUUUGGGAAAUAUAUGAAUAUUUAUAUAUUUCCCCUCAAGAAUGAUAGUGGGAUGCAAUUAAGUAGAAAUGUGAACAUAAAAUGACGGAGUUGGAUCGUCCAUGCUGGAUGUGUAAAUCAUGGAAUAGAGUUCUUUUACUAAGUCAUGAUGAAAAUCAAUCCUUCAUUCCGAGCAAGACAGAAGAAGAAAAGAGCAAAGAAAAGGAUUUCAAGUACGUGUGCAACGGGGGUGGAGAAGGGGUGUGUAUCAGUAAGAGGGGUGUUUUUAAAUCCAAUGAUGAAGCUCGUUUUGGCAGCCAUAUUUCAAAAGUACAUAAGUCAGAAGCUGAAAUAUUAAAGGAUGAACCAUGGAGAAAAAAAUACAACAAAGAACAAGAAGAUCGAGAUGAAGAAAAAGAAUUCAUUUAUGUGUGUAAUGGAGGUGAAAAUGGUAGUUGUAGGUCCAACUUCAUGACAAAUGUGGCAGCAGAUUUUAGUUCUCACAUUUCUACUAUGCAUAAUGUCUCUAAUCAACAGAAAAUGAAGAAGUUAGCAGUAGAUCGAAAGAAUAACCAACAAUACCGAGCCAAUAGCAAUGUCACUGCCAACAACACGUUGAAGAUUGCGGAGGGAGAACCCCUUCUCGAAAUUGAAACUGAGACGAGUGAUGAUGAUGAGGAAAGUCCAUCAUAUUUGGAAUUUAAUCCUAUUUUGGAAAGUAUGAAGGCCGAAGAGCAAGAAGAAUUCGUUCCUUACCAUGCUUCGCUAUUUGUAUUAUACUACCCCGAAGGGAAAGUUGACAGGGGACCGAUGGAAACUUACCAAUUGGAAGAUAUGCUUCUCAAGAUGAACAAAGGUUUGGGAAUAAUAGAUGAACUGCCUUUCAAAAUGUAUCUCUACUUCGCUACAUCAUUAAUGAAAACAUGUAUCCAUCUCUCAAAUGUAAAAACCAUAACUUCACAAUCUCGUGUAGUCGACUUGAUGAAUGAUGGAGCAGUUUGCUAUCGACAGGAUUACAUAUUCAGUGAAGGAACUACGCAAGAGAAUAGAGAAAAAGCUUUCGAAUGGCAACAGUACUGGAAGUACGUAAACCAGAUGAGAAAACGAGUGAAAGUGGAUCCAUACUCUGUUGAAAUCGAGAUCCUGAAUUGUGGAACUAUGAGGAAAGUUGGAUACAAGAAGAAAAUAAGUCGUCUUAAUUUCCACAAAGCACGACGCUUUGCUACUCAAAACAGGAGCUUUUUUCCUCUGCCGCAUCAUCUUUUACCAAAAAACCAAAACCCAACGUGGAAAAAAUACAUCCUUUCAACCACCAAUUGUUAAAAUAUUCUAUGCUAAUCCUGUAAUUCUAUGUUCUUUAACUUAAUAUUUUUUCAGACUUUUGUGAAAUAGUUUAGCAUA